UCCACCACCCCCCCGCCCACUCGGGAGGAGGUGCCGGUUACCCGGAUGUUGCUCCUGCUCUAGCGGCAGCCACCGCCUCCCUCGGACGGGGAGAGAAGCUGACGGAUCCAAUAUGGCCGCCCUGAUCCUGAGGAGAGAUAAAGUAAAAGGGAGGAAUAGAAGACUCUUUAAAAAAUUCUUGUUCAGCCCCGUGUUCGAAUCAGUGCAGUAGAGCGGAUAUAAACAAGACCAGAAGAGCUUCAAAUUAAGGGUUGCAGUGCUGGGAACAGCCCCCCAAUCCUCUGGAAUUGGGUGGCACGUGGUGGGAUUGGCCAUCGUGCAGGAUGGACACCUUGAAACGGAGUCGAGCGCAAGCCUGGCCGGAGGAGACGGGGGACAGGGAGCAUGGACUCUAUAGUUUGCACCGCAUGUUUGACAUUGUGGGCACUCACCUGACCCACCGGGACGUACGUGUGUUGUCCUUUCUCUUUGUGGAUGUGAUUGAUGACUACGAGAGGGGGAUGAUCCGCAGCGGCCGGGACUUCCUGCUGGCACUAGAAAGGCAGGGCCGCUGUGAUGAGACCAACUUCCGCCAGGUGCUGCAGCUGCUGAGGAUUAUCACGCGCCAUGACCUGUUGCCCUAUGUCACGCUGAAGAGGAGAAGGGCUGUGUGCCCAGACCUCGUGGACAAGUACCUAGAAGAGACGUCCAUUCGUUACGUGAUGCCCCGAGCUCACAGCGACGCAGAGCAUGGUCUCACCCACCCCCACAAAUCAGUGCCUCCCCAUCACCCUGUGGUCUGCCGCUCCUCCGCUGGACCUCCGAUCUGUACCAAGAGGCCUGGCCGUGGGAGAGCCCUCCUCAGUAGCCAGCAUAAGAGGAGGAAGUCAAUGACUCCGGAUCCUAAAGAGAAACAGACUUGUGACAUCCGCCUGCGAGUCCGAGCCGAGUACUGCCAGCACGAGACGGCGCUCCAGGGCAACGUCUUCUCCAACAAGCAGGAUCCCCUGGAGCGGCAGUUCGAGCGCUUCAACCAGGCCAACACCAUCUUAAAAUCCCGGGACCUGGGCUCUAUCAUCUGUGACAUAAAAUUCUCAGAGCUCACCUACCUCGACGCCUUCUGGCGCGACUACAUAAACGGCUCGUUGCUGGAGGCCCUCAAGGGCGUCUUCAUCACGGACUCGCUCAAGCAAGCCGUGGGCCACGAGGCCAUCAAGCUGCUGGUCAACGUGGACGAGGAGGAUUAUGAGGUUGGGCGCCAGAAACUCCUGCGGAACUUGAUGCUGCACACGGCCCCUUGACCCUCCCCCGGGCUUGGCCUUGGCUGCAAUUUGGGAGCCAAUCGUUUCGUUUUUUUUAAAAAGGAAAAAUCAUUAAAAACCCACCGACCCCCCAGCAACCUCCUGCCGAGCGUGUGUAACUGUAGGACCUGCCUGAGCGGCGGGAGGGCUGUGCUGCCACUUAACCAGCUCUCUGGUGGCCCCAGCCUGGCCAAGAGCCCAUGAGACCUGGGGCAUCCCAGAGAGCAAGUCCCGCUCUGCUCCGGGAGCCUGGCCGGAGGACGCCGAACCGCCCAGCGGUAGGAAGGGAGAGCUGCCAGCAGGAGUGCUGGGUGCUCCCGCGUUCUGUCCUGUCUUGUCCCCCCUCUGCCCCGGCUUCCCUUGGGCUGGUUUUUCUUUUAGACGGUCUUGUGGCGCCAGGGCCUGUGCGUGGGGGGGAUGCGGGGCGGAGGGGGGCCGGGGAGAUGGGGCUCUUGAUUAUUCACUUUAAUAAAAAUGAGCGAGCGCAGCGGGAGCUGUAUGCGUGUGGAGUGAACAGCAUGCGGGGGUGGGGGGCCUGUGGCAUUGGCCUUCCAUUGAUGGGAGCCCGUUUCCACCAGUCCACGUAGCACUCGGGUGGCUCUGAGCUGGCCGGGUCUGCGCUUAGCCAGCGUGGGAUGCCGGGAGGGAGGCUGAGCUAAGUGAUGCUGGUGCGGCCCUGUGGCAUCGUCUGCUCUAGGCCAGGCGGGCUUGUUUCAGGGGUAACAGCUGCACCAACGGAGCCUGUGCUGAGCUAAUGGUGGGGUCAGUGUUCCCAGCUCCCAGCCUGCAGGCCUUUGUUAUCCCCUUCCCAACAAUCCCUGCCAGGCCUCUGACCCCAGAGAGGAACAAGGGGCUCCCUGCCGCUCUGAUGCAUAGAGCUGGUCCAGCCACUCCUGCGCUCCCCCCAGAACUGUGAGAUGCUUGUAGGCCCAGCAGGAGAGUUCUGCACAUUGCGAUGGGCAUCCCCACUCUCUUUACCUGCAGGGUGGGGAGGCAGGUGGGCAGGGCCGGGCUUUUGGGAUGUUCAGGGGCAGUGUCACGGCAGCAGGGCCUGGGGUGGGGAGUGUCUCAGGUGAUGCUCCAACAUCUCCCUCUUGCUACUACAAGGCCAGGCCCAGCGGCGGUGCGGUGGGGUUGGCUGCGUCCCCUGGGCUGUGCAGCGGGGGAGGGAUGCAGGGGAGCAGGUUGCAGAGUAACACUUUGACACAGGGCCCAUUCCCAGGUGGGAAGAAGGUGGCUCCUAUCUGAUCCUGUCCCAUAACGGAAGGGUUGUGAGUUGAAUUUGUUCCCCCUGCCCAGCUGUACAGGCUCCUGCAGGGAACCUAGAGGUGGGGAAAAAUCCAGUCGGGCCACUCAGGGUGGUACUGCUGGUUUGCUCCCGGUCAGCUCCUUGGCGCUGGGUCUUGUCUGUCUGUCUCUGGCGCUGGCACUGGCCAUCCCAGGAGGAAGGAGCUGCUCCCAGCAGGCGCCAGUAGGAGGUGCUGUCCUGCAUUAGGCCUGUCUAGUUACAGCCUGGGGCCAGCAAGCUGUUCGUUUGCAAAACGCCUGGCACCUCAGGGCUGCUGUAAUACAAACAGUCUCAGAACUGGCCCUCUGCCUACCCCUCCCUUGUGAUCCCACAGCUGAGAGAGACCCCUCGCCCAGCGUGGGGACUGAGCUGGAUAAAGCAAUAACACGCUAGAGACUGUGGUCCGAGCGCCUCCCCCCACUGCACGCAGGACACCAGAGGCCACUGAGUGGGCUGGGCCGGUGGCUGGCUUAGCUGCAUAUUUUAAAUUUUGGGAUGACAUUUGUUACCUUUUGGUAACAGGGCUUGUUCCCUCCUCUCCCCCUCUCCUGUUGAGCCCAGAACUUGGUGCCAGGACAGACACGGCCACUUUGUAACAUGUCAGGGACCCAUUGGGCCUGAGGCCAGACCUGGCAGCUGGAGGCUGACUGGGCUUGUCAAUGAAAUGGGCACUCUGAGUACCAAUCUUCCAGGGGCAAGGAGUGCAUUUUAAUUGGAAAAUUCUCUUCCUCCCCAGUUCUUUUCCUGGUAACUCAAGUAAACACCCAAGGAUUUAGGAGCCUCAAACCUAAAGCAGCUCCACAGAAUUCCACACAGUUAAGGGAGAACAAAUGGGUCGGAGGGUUAUUUUUCUGGAUUUGAUUUUCUUCUUCCCACCCUCCCAAAUCUCUGCUGAGCUGCAGGAUGUUUUCAGCCCAGAUCUUCAAAGGUAUGUAGGUGCCCAACUCCCAAGGGGAGAGACGCACCUCAGUACUCUUGGGGAUCUGUGCCUUGAAAGACGGUUGGAAGCCAGAUCAGUGCACCUGGGGUGGAGGAAUGUUUAUGGCUGGCUGCCUCCCUACCCAGGCAUGGGCAGAGGGAUAAGAAAGAGGGUGUUGUGCUUACCAAGUCCCUCUCCAAUGAAGAUGGCAUGUGAUAGCCCUGCGGGCUGCAACCCUCAUGCCUCAAUGGGAUUGUUUGGUGUGUGUUGAUGCAUUUUCUAUCCACAGGUUUUCUCAGCUGAGAGCGUGUAGACCCCCCUCCCCGCACACACCUCCCUGUUUAAGGACAAUUCUGGCACAAACUGUGUAAUUUCUGUGACUCUUCUGUAUUUUUUAAACUUCCAAUAUAACAGUCAUAAUCCCCGUGUAGCUUUCAGUUUUCUUGAAAUAAACAUCUACUGCAUCUC